GCGCGCACCGACCGACGACACCCCCCGCGCGCGCACACGCUCGCCUGGGGGACGGAGCCCCAGCCUUCUGCGCAGCUCUCCUCGGCCGCCGGGGGCCUCCUCCGGGCCUCCAAGCUCCCUUGAUCGCCGGCCACAUCUGGCCCGCACCUCUGCCCGGAGCGCUCAGGGCGGCCCAGGCACCCUGAGAAGACGAGGAGUAAAGGCGCAGCCCGGGGUCCCCGAGGCUCGGUUCGCGGCGCCCCAGGGGCCGGUCUAUGACGAGCGACGGGGGCUACCAUGGGUCGGGGGCUGCUCCGGGGCCUGUGGCCGCUGCACAUCGUCCUGUGGACGCGCAUCGCCAGCACGAUCCCGCCGCACGUUCCCAAGUCGGAUGUGGAAAUGGAGGCCCAGAAAGAUGCACCCAUCCACCUAAGCUGUAAUAGGACCAUCCAUCCACUGAACCGCUUUAACAGUGACGUGAUGACCAGUGACAACGGGGGAGCAGUCAAGCUUCCGCAACUGUGUAAGUUUUGUGACGUGAGAUCAUCCACUUGUGACAACCAGAAGUCCUGCAUGAGCAACUGCAGCAUCACGGCCAUCUGUGAGAAGCCACACGAAGUCUGCGUGGCUGUGUGGAGGAAGAAUGAUGAAAACAUUACACUGGAGACCGUUUGUCACGACCCCAAGCUCACCUACCACGGGUUUGUGGUGGAAGACUCCGCUUCUCCCAAGUGUAUCAUGAAGGAGAAGAAAAGGCCCGGUGAGACUUUCUUCAUGUGUGCCUGCAACGUGGAGGAGUGCAAUGACCACAUCAUCUUUUCAGAAGAAUACACCACCAGCAGUCCUGACCUGUUUCUGGUCAUUAUCCAAGUGACCGGUGUCAGCCUCCUGCCUCCUCUGGGGAUUGCCAUAGCUGUGAUCAUCAUUUUCUACUGCUAUCGUGUCCAUCGGCAGCAGAAGCUGAGCCCAUCCUGGGAAAGCAGCAAGCCCCGGAAACUCAUGGAGUUCAGUGACAACUGUGCCAUCAUCCUGGAGGAUGAUCGUUCAGAUAUCAGCUCUACGUGCGCCAACAACAUCAACCACAAUACGGAACUGCUGCCCAUUGAGCUGGACACCCUGGUGGGAAAGGGCCGCUUUGCUGAGGUCUACAAGGCUAAGCUGAAGCAGAACACUUCAGAGCAGUUUGAGACUGUGGCCGUCAAGAUCUUCCCCUAUGAGGAGUACACAUCAUGGAAAACGGAGAAGGACAUCUUCUCAGACAUCAACCUGAAACAUGAGAAUAUCCUGCAGUUCCUCACUGCUGAGGAGCGGAAGACAGAGCUGGGCAAGCAGUACUGGCUGAUCACAGCUUUCCACGCCAAGGGUAAUCUGCAGGAAUACCUCACAAGGCAUGUCAUCAGCUGGGAGGACCUGCGGAAGCUGGGCAGCUCCCUGGCCAGGGGCAUCGCUCAUCUCCACAGUGACCACACGCCUUGUGGAAGACCCAAGAUGCCCAUCGUUCACAGGGACCUCAAGAGCUCUAACAUCCUCGUGAAGAAUGAUUUGACCUGCUGCCUGUGUGACUUCGGGCUGUCCUUGCGCCUGGACCCUACUCUGUCUGUGGAUGACUUGGCCAACAGUGGACAGGUGGGAACUGCAAGAUACAUGGCCCCCGAAGUUCUAGAAUCCAGGAUGAAUUUGGAGAACGUGGAGUCCUUCAAGCAGACAGAUGUCUACUCCAUGGCUCUGGUACUCUGGGAAAUGACAUCCCGUUGCAAUGCGGUGGGAGAAGUGAAAGAUUAUGAACCCCCGUUUGGUUCCAAGGUGAGGGAGCACCCCUGUGUGGAGAGCAUGAAGGACAAUGUCCUGAGAGACCGAGGGCGGCCUGAAAUCCCCAGCUUCUGGCUCAACCACCAGGGCAUCCAGAUCGUGUGUGAGACACUGACAGAGUGCUGGGACCACGAUCCUGAGGCUCGCCUCACAGCCCAGUGUGUGGCAGAGCGCUUUAGUGAGCUGGAGCAUCCGGAUAGACUCUCUGGGAGGAGCUGCUCCCAGGAGAAGAUUCCAGAAGAUGGCUCGCUGAACACUACCAAAUAGCUUUUUCUGGGCAGGCUGGUCCAACCCUCCAGAAGCUGCCCUCUCACCAAAGACCAGAGGCAGUGGGAUGCUGUCCUGACUGAUGCUUCUGGGAAACCAAGGACUUGCUCCCUUCUUCCCUGAUAGCUGCUCCAUGUUCAGAAACAACCGCAGCAACAGCAGCAGCAGCAGCAGCAGCAGCAGCAGCAGCAGGGGCUAAGUGACAGAGAGCAUUCUAUGCCUUGGACUUUGUCAUGGCAUAAGCUGUAUUAGCACCUCCUCAGGAAAUGAGAUUGAUUUUUACAACAGCCAAUAACAUUUGCACUUUAUUAAUGCCUGUAUGUAAAUAUGAAUAGCUAUGUUUUAUAUCUAUAUAUCUAUAUAUGUCUAUAUCUUUCUAUCUAUAGCCAUACUCUGCAUGGAGACAAAGAAAAAGAUCAAAUGUUCCCGGGAAAUUAGUU